AUGGUCAACAAGAAGGUGGCCUUGACAAUAGCUCUCACAGCAGCAGCAACCGUGUCCGCCUCGCCUCUCGCGGUCCGACCAAUCCCUACACCGACAACUGCCUCAGCCCCGGCUGCCAACUCAACUCUAACACCUCCCGCCACUUCAGCAGGCAACGCUACCGUUCCACCGGCUCAGAUCACCACCCCAGCCGAAGCGGGGGCGGGAGCAGAAGCUGGCCAACCCGGCAACAUCAUCGACGCUGUCAACGCUCUCGUCUCCCAAGUGAAAGGUAUCCUCGGACCUCUUUCUGCAGCUGCAGCAGCAGCCGACAGUGCAGAUGCCGCAAGGGAGACGACCAUAACGGCAACUGUAACGGAGACAGCAAAGGCUACUGGCGGUGCCGGGGCAGGUGUUGGAGUGAUAAUGAAGCCCGCCAAUGGCACCGAAGCUGCUACCUCCGCGGCUGGUGAGACCGAGGCAUCCCCGACUGCACCACCGGUGGCUGGUGCGCCUGCAGACGCUCCAGCUGAUGAGGCUAAAGACGGUGAAGCCGCCGCACCCCCUGCUGCGGGAGAGUCGGAUCCUGCCUCGUCUGUGACCUCUGCCGCCGCCACUGCCACGUCCGAGGCUGCGGCCGUCUCUUCCCCUGCGCGGAACGGAACGGAUUCUGCUGGCACCGGACGGAAUGGUGAUGCCGGGGCUGAGGAGGAGAGCGAUCCGACGAUUGUUAUCAUUGUUAGUCAGUAA